GUAGUGUUGCGAUUUAUCAAAAGAAUAUAUUAUUAGAAAAUUCAUAAAGAACUGUAGGAGAUCCAAACACCUUUAAAACUGAUUACCCGGCAUGGCUUUCUUGAUAUUCAGGUGUUUUUUACCAAAUAAGUCACCACUAUUAUCCCGAUUGUUGUUGGUUUUCCUCUUUUAGUUCGGGGCCCUAAACUUGUUUAUCAAUCAACGACCAACAAAACCAAAACAAAAAUCGCAGUGUUCGCGUUUGUUAGUUGUUACAGUGUUUUUUUUGCGUUUGCUGGUUUUCUUCGCAUAAAUACUAAACAACUCAACUGAACAAAACUGAUUUCAGCUCCACUCAACAAAGUUGGCCUGAAAUGCUGAUCUGCUGAGAGCAUCCUGCUGCUGUGAUGCAGGCUCUCACAGUCUCUUUGGUCAGUGGCUGGGUACUGCUGGCUCUGACUGGCCUCACCACCUCCGUGGACCCAACACAAGCUGGGGGAGCAUCAUCAGUACCAUCCACGGCUGUUCCUGUCACUGGGGCUGCUCUGGCCUCAUCCACUUCUGUGGCCAGUGAUUCGGCAUCUUCAGUGUUAGGAGAACUAAAGGCUUCACCUGAUGCUGGCUCAGUUGCAGCUGGAGCUCCUGUGGUGAGCUCAGUAGCAGCUGGAGCUCCUGUGGUGAGCUCUCUGUCUGCUAAAGCCCCAUCUGUGAGCUCAGUGGCAGCUGGAGCCCCUCAGGCCUCCUCUGACUCAGUGGCAGCGGGCUCCUCUGUACCAGUGUCUGCAGUGCCCGCUGCGAGCUCCACUGCCCCACCAGCGCCGGACCUGAAUGACCCGAGUGUCCCGCUCAACCAGCUGGUCAACGAGAAUGCAGUCAUCGUUCCAGCACAGAAUGGCUCACCAGCCAACAGCAGCGUGCCAGCCACAGAGCCUCCGGCGCCGCCGCCUCAGCCGGCCGAACAAGAGAAUAAGACUGAGGAGGUGGAGCCGGCGCUGCCGGAAGCCGGAGCUGCUGAGGAGGAGCACCUCAACUCCAUGUCCAUCUUCUUCUCACUGGCCAUUCUCGCUCUCUGCAUUCUGAUGAUCCACUAUAUGAUCGGCUCGAAGUUGCGCUACCUGCCGGAGAGUCUCGCGGUGGUGUUUCUCGGCGCACUGAUCGGACUCAUACUGGAGAUACUGUCCAAGAGCGGUAUCGCCGACUGGCAGAGAGAAGAGGCCUUUUCUCCCACUGUUUUCUUCCUAGUGAUUCUGCCGCCCAUAAUCUUCGAAUCAGGAUACAAUUUGCACAAGGGUAACUUUUUCCAGAACUUCGGCUCCAUCAUGGUGUUUGCCGUGUUCGGGACGGUGAUCUCGGCUCUGGUAGUCGGAGGCGGGGUCUACCUGCUGGGCAUGGCGGACGUGGCGUACCAUCUAUCCUUCGUGGAGAGUUUCGCCUUUGGCUCGCUCAUCUCUGCCGUUGAUCCAGUGGCCACACUGGCCAUCUUUAACGCUCUGGACGUCGACCCCGUGCUCAACAUGCUCGUCUUUGGCGAGUCGAUACUAAACGACGCAGUUGCCAUCGUGCUGACCGCUACGGUCCUGGAGUCGGACUCGCCGGCGAUGGCGCACAUGACCUCGACGGAGGCGCUGCUGCACGGCGUCGGCAGGUUCUGCUUCAUGUUCGUGGCGUCGGCGGCUCUGGGGGCCGUCAGCGCUCUGCUGGCAGCCCUCCUCUUCAAGCACGUGGACCUGCGGAACAACCCCAGUCUGGAGUUCGCCAUGAUGCUGAUCUUCACGUACGCGCCGUAUGGACUGGCGGAAGGAGUGCAUUUGUCGGGCAUUAUGGCGAUCCUGUUCUGCGGCAUCGUCAUGUCCCACUACACCCACUUCAACCUGUCUCCCGUCACCCAGAUCACCAUGCAGCAGACCAUGCGCACACUCGCCUUCGUGGCAGAGACGUGUGUGUUCGCGUACCUGGGUCUGGCCAUCUUCAGCUUCAAACACCAGGUGGAGCCGGCGCUCGUCAUCUGGUCGCUGAUUCUCUGCCUGAUCGGACGCGCGCUCAACAUCUUCCCGCUCUCGAUACUGGUCAACUACUUCAGGGAGCACAAAAUCACCAGGAAAAUGCAGGCCAUCAUGUGGUUUAGCGGUCUUCGUGGCGCCAUCGCGUACGCGCUCUGCCUCCACCUGGAGUUUGAGACCGAGAAGCGGCACGUCCUAGUAACCACCACUCUGAUCGUGGUGCUAUGCUCCAUUCUACUCCUCGGCGGGAGCACCCAACCACUACUAAAAUAUCUCAGUGCCGACCGAUUCACCAACGACCUCCGCACCCGGAGACGGCGGCGCACCCGCCGGCAGCGCGACCUCAACCUGAGUAAGACGCGCGAGCUGGGAACGGCGCUCGACUCUGAGCACUUCUCCGAGCUAACAGAGGACGAGCGGGACACGAACGCCAACCCGCAGCAGCUGAGAGGGUUCGCCAAGUGGGAUUAUCUCUACUUCAAACCGUUCUUCACCAGGAGACUCACGCAACAGGAGCUGCGAGACGCCAAGACUCAGAUGACUGACCUCACCAACAAGGUGUACGAAACGAUCCGCGUGUCGCCCGAGCACUCGGACGAAGAGGAGCUGCUGGCCUGAGUGACGUCAAAGUGACGUCAGAGAGACGUAUGUCGGCCAAUCAGCUGCAUCUGUUACCUCAAACUGACGUCAGAUGGUAUGUUUGGUCGUCGCAGAGGGACUAACGUUUGUGCAUUGACGGACUGGGCGCUUAAAAAGACAAGACGUUUGAACCUAUGAAAUUGUAUUCAUCGGUUCGCAAGCGGACCCAUAUGCGAUCUGAAGACGCACGGCAUGAUAUAUUUGUUUAAGGCGACGGUUCUGCAGGUUUUGCUUGUUGUGAUCUGCCUUGGAUGAUCUUCCACCAGCAGUGCAGUCCUCAGAGUAUUACUAUGGCAGGGCAGGGGUGGUGGUGGCAAAGUCUCCUACCGUUACGCGUGCGGCGAAGGUGGUGGCGACUGCAGUGAAAUUUCGCAAUGGUUUUGCAAUGAAACUCUGCAGUUGCUGGUUUGUUGUGUUGUCGUUGGUGACUGGGACCACAUCCCGUGAUAGCUUUGUGGUAAUUUUGAUGCCAGUUAACUGUGAAGGAACACCAGAUAUUAUGCAGUCAAGCACAGUGAACUCGCAAAUCUGUGUCUGGUGAGACAUGUUCGAAUGCUACGUUGUUUUUGCCUGCUCUGCUGAGCCGGGAAGGUGCCGUCUUUUUGUUGCGUUAUUUGUGCUGGGUUCUGCGGCUGUGCGUAUGUGUUAAUUAGCGUGAGGUGACUUCUAUGCUAGUGGCAUUAUUACUAUUAUGGCUGUUGAUUUGGCUCAAGUGAGUGCGAUUUGUGGGCGUUUCAGGGUCCAGGAAUGUUUGACCAGUAUGAAGUAGUGUUAUGCAGUGCGCCCGUACGAGGGGCAGUAUUGAGUGCUAUAAGGCGCUGAAUGAUAGGUCAAUGUUUGUGGUUUCAGAUGCCUCGCACUUGCAUGCAUUGUUGCCAUCGUAUGAUCGCCAUUCAUCCGUCCCGUGCGGUUAUAGCGUUAUAGUGUAUAACUGUAUAAGUCCCCGUCGGUUUGAGGUUUGAGCACGAGGUUCACUUUGAGAAAUUUGGGCUUGAGUGUUGGGUUGAGAAACUACUUUCCCUGUUAUGCAUAUGCGUGUUCAUUUAUCACAUAGUCCGAUGAAAGAUAGGUGGGCGCUUUGGAAUUAUUUAUGCUCAUAUUGAGUGAUCACGGAUAUAUUUUGUUCAAAUGCGUUCCAGCUGUUACGCUAAGCACUUGUUGUGCUACUGUUUGAGUGUGGCGAGGUGAUUGCCUAUCAGCAUCGGUACCUACUAAAUUUGCGAAGAACUUGCAUUUCAAAGAAUGUGUUUUGCUGCCUUCAGGUGUUCAGUGUUGUAUCUUAUGCAAAGCAGUUUGUUUUCUUGAAAGACUCUGGCAAAUGAUACAGCUCGAAUACAUAAUGCCUCAGA